AUGAGCUACACCCUGGACACGCUCGGCAACCCCUCCUACCGGAGGGUGACCGAGAGCCGGGCCACCUACAGCCGGGCCAGCGCCUCCCCUUCCAGCGGCUUCAGGUCGCAGUCCUGGUCCCGGGGCUCCCCGAGCACCGUCUCCUCCCCGUACAAGCGCAGCGCCCUGGGCGCGCAGCGGGUGUCCUAUGGCUCCACCGUGCUGAGCUCCUCCGAGAGCCUGGACCUCAGCCAGUCCUCCCUGCUCAACGGGGCCGGGGACUUCAAGCUGAGCCGCUCCAGCGAGAAGGAGCAGCUGCAGGGGCUGAACGACCGCUUCGCCGGCUACAUCGAGAAGGUGCACUACCUGGAGCAGCAGAACAAGGAGAUCGAGGCGGAGAUCGCCGCCCUGCGCCAGAAGCAAGCCGGCCGCUCGCAGCUGGGCGACGCCUACGAGCAGGAACUGCGCGAGCUGCGCUGCGCCCUGGAGCAGGUGAACCACGAGAAGGCGCAGCUCCAGCUGGACUCGGAGCACGUGGAGGAGGACAUCCAGCGCAUCAAGGAGCGCUUCGAGGAGGAGGCCCGGCUGCGCGAUGAGACCGAAGCCACCAUCCGCGCCCUGCGCAAGGACAUGGAGGAGGCCUCCAUGGUCAAGGUGGAGCUGGACAAGAAGGUGCAGUCGCUGCAGGACGAGGUGGCUUUCCUGCGGGGCAACCACGAGGAAGAGGUGGCCGAGCUCCUAGCCCAGAUCCAGGCGUCCCACAUCACGGUGGAGAGGAAGGACUACAUGAAGACCGACAUCACCUCCGCCCUCAAGGAGAUCCGCAGCCAGCUGGAGUGCCACUCCGACCAGAACAUGCACCAAGCCGAGGAGUGGUUCAAGUGUCGCUACGCCAAGCUCACCGAGGCGGCGGAGCACAACAAAGAGGCCAUCCGCACAGCCAAGGAGGAGAUCGCCGAGUACAGGAGGCAGCUGCAGUCCAAGAGCGUGGAGCUGGAGUCGGUGAGGGGCACCAAGGAGUCCUUGGAGAGGCAGCUGAACGACAUCGAGGAGCGCCACAACAACGAUCUCACGACCUACCAGGACACGAUUCAUCAGUUGGAAAACGAGCUGAGGGGUACAAAAUGGGAAAUGGCACGUCAUUUGAGGGAAUACCAGGAUCUCCUCAAUGUCAAGAUGGCGCUGGAUAUUGAAAUUGCUGCAUACAGGAAACUACUGGAGGGUGAAGAGACAAGAUUCAGUGCCUUCUCAGGAAGCAUUACUGGUCCCACAUUUACACACAGGCAACCCACGGUCACAAUAUCAUCUAGUAAAAUACAGAAAUCAAAAGCUGAGCCGCCAAAGCUAAAGGUCCAGCACAAAUUUGUAGAAGAAAUCAUUGAAGAGACAAAGGUGGAGGAUGAAAAAUCUGAAAUGGAUGAUGUCCUGGUAGCUAUUGCAGAGGAAUUGGCAACCGGUGCCAGGCAGGAAGAACAGAAGAAGGAAGAAGAAGCAGAAGGGGAAGAGGAAGAAGUAGUGGAAGAGGAAAUUGUAGCUGAAAAGAAAGCUCCAGUGAAAGCAGCUGCACCCAAAGCUGAAGAAGAAGAAAAAGAAGAAGAAGAAGAAGAGGAGAAGGGAGAGGAGGAGGCUGCAAAAUCUGAUGAAGCAGAAGAAGGAGGUUCUGAAAAAGAAGAAGCAGAGGAAAAGAGUGAAAAGGAAGAGGGAGAGGAGGCUGAGCAGGAAGAAGAAGAAGAAGGUGAGGCCGAAGCUGAGGGAGAAGAAGCGGAGGCUGAGACUAAGAAAGAAAAGGAACCUGAAGGGAAGAGCAAGAAAGAGGCUGAAGAGGCUGCAGUGGAAGAGAAGGUGGAAAAAGUGAAAGCGUCUUUAGCAAAAUCUCCACCUAAAUCUCCUGCAGCAGAAGAGACUGAGGAAGAACAGAAGGAAGCAGGAGAAGAAGCUGAAGGAGAAAGUGAAGAACAGAAAAUGGAGAAGGAAAGUAAAGAGGAGGAAACAAAGGAGGAGAAGCCAGGAUCCCCAGAGAAGCCAGGAUCCCCAGAGAAGCCAGGAUCCCCAGUGAAAGAAGAAAAGGCUGUGGUGGAAGAGACCAUCUCUGUCACAAAGGUAACAAAAGUCAGUGUAGAGAAAGAGUCCAAAACAAAGGAUGGGAGCAGUGAAGGAGAGGAAAGUGACCAGGCCUCCAACGGGUCCAUGAAAGAAGACAUUGCAGUGAACGGGGAGGUGGAUGAGAAGGAGGAGGAGAAAUCCAAAGAAAAAGAAAUUGAGGAGGAAGACAAGGGUGUGGUCACCAAUGGCCUGGAUGUGAGCCCAUCUGAAGAGAAGAAAGGGAAGAGCGAAGAAAAAGUUGUGGUAACCAAAAAGGUGGAGAAAAUCACUAGCGACGAUGGGGACAGUACAACCAAAUACAUCACCAAGUCUGUGACAGUCACCCAAAAGGUAGAGGAGCACGAGGAAAGUUUUGAAGAGAAAAAGCUGUCCACCAAGAAGGUCGAGAAAGUCACUUCUCAUGCUGUAAUAAAACAAGUAAAAGACAGUGACUAA